AUGUUAAAGCGUAAUAGUUUCGAUAGCCAAGAAAAUUUAUCUGAAGAAUUUCUUGCAGAGAAUGCUUCUGCAAAGCAAGUGAAGGUAUCUACCAGACUAGAUGGUAAUAUGAAGAACUCCUCUUUUCAUAAAUCUAAGUAUUGCAAACCUUCUCAAAAUGAGUUGACUAGAUUAAUAGACAGACCUGCAAAGGCGAAAUGUUGGUCUUUGUCAAUACCUGAAGAUGAAUACUCUGAGUUCUUAAAACGUGAAAAAUCUCUUCUGAAAAAUACAUCUGGAAGUAUGAUAAAAAAUGAGCUCAAUAGCUUAGAUAGAGGGUCUCCUAUUAAACAAGAAAUCAGUUUCUUAUUAAGAAGAUGAGUAGAAGCCAGACAGAAAAAGAUGUUAUUGUCCAAAGAAAAAUUAAGUCCCAAAAAUAUUUCAAAGGAAAGUCUACAAGAAGAGUUCAAAGAUGUCAACCACCUGCGGCUUUUUACAUUUGGAGAAGGGAGCUAAAAGGCCUCUAACUGAAUUUUUAAU